AUGAUUGAUAUCAAGGUAAAUUACCAACAUUAAUUGCUAAUUUCAAAUCAAUGUUUAUAAUUAAUAAAUUGUGGAGAUGUGUUGUUUUAAGAAGAAUGUGAUCAUGAAAAUUAAUAAUCCGUGGAUGGAUGCCUACAUUGUUUAAUUGAAUAACAUAGGAUAUUCACUCCAAUAAUAAAAGAUUCUUCUAAUCAAUGCUCAUUUGUCAAAGCUCCAAACUUCAUAAUUAAUUAUCUUAAUAUGACUUAUAAUAAAUAGUACAUACACAUCUAAUCUGAUUAAAUAGUUAAAAUAUAAACAGUUUUACCGUUAUCAGAAACAAUAAAUUUUCAGAUAUCAAAUUUAGAUAAUAAGCAUUGGCAUACAGCUUAUAUAUAAAUAGGAUGUUGGAUCAGAUUUGAGUUUUGGAGAAUUUAUUGUCUAACUAGAAGUGUACUAUUUAUUACAAUAUCCAAAUUUAUUUAAUGAAACACAGAAGGAGUAUUCUGAUAUUUUGAAAAGUUAUAAUCAAAAUAUAAUUUAUUGUUUAUCUGCAAUAACUGGCAUAAAUCUAUUGUUAGGUUUGUAUAUUUAUUUGUUGAAAUUUUAGCAAUCCUUUAAUUCCAGCAAUAUUUACGAUACAUUGAUCUGGACUUUCCUUUAGAUUUAGAAAUUUAUUUUUCUCUUUAUGAUAUAAUAACUAAUUAACCUCUCAUGGAUUUUAUCUAAUUUCCUCAACUUUUGCAGUUUAUUGAUAUUUAAUCAAAUUAAGAAUAUUCUGACGACAAAUCUAAUAUGUACAAAUAAAGCUCAAGCUUGAUCAUUAAUCAUUCAUGCCAAAUAUUUUAAUUUGUAAUAUUAUUAUCCCGUUUUUUGUGGUCGCAAUGGAUUAAAAAAGUUGUGUACAAUUGGAUAUUUAACUCUUGGUAUUUUUCCUCUAUGUCAAAGGUAUCAUUAUACAUGAGUCCAAAAUUAAUUUUUAUGUUUAGUUUACCUAAUAUAAGUUUUGAGUGUAAUUACUUAAAUUGGAAAAAAUUAUUUCUUUCAGAGGGUUUUAAAAAGCCUUAAUCUUAAAUAGUUGAGAUAAGAUAUUUAAAACAUUAUUGUAUACACGAAGCAUUUAAACAACAGAUUUCAUAGAUAUUGUACAAAUUAUUAUCGUUAGCAUCAUAAUAAUUUUUUAUAUUACCAUAGUGCUAGAUUGUUUCAAAGGUUUGA